AUUUGGUGUUUGUAGAAACCUCUCGGAUGUUUCGAAAAAUAUCCAAUCGGUUGCCGGCACAGAAUUCGAUGCCCCAGUUGGGGUUUGGGCCCAACCACGCUCUUCAUUUCCGCACUUGCGAGGAGCUUCCGACAGCGCAGACGUACGUCAUCUCCUCACCCGAUCGACACGACACCCGCCCGCAGUCAUGAGCACGCGCGUGUUUGUGCGUCUGUACGAUGGCACGACGCAGCAUGAGACCGAUGACGAGGUGCUGGAGCUUCCGCCGCCGCCGCUCAAGUGGAAGGACGCCAUCACUGCCAUGGUGGCUGCUGUAGGCAAGCAAGGCGAGUAUGAGGACGGCGUUACGACGCCCAAGGCGCGGGUCUUUCUGCUUCCCACGGAGGCCACUGGCAUUGCGGCUGAGCUUAACGCUCGCUCCCUGCGCUUCGGCGUCCGCGAGAAUGACCGCUUCGUGAUCUGUUUACGGGGCGAAGAUUACCAGCAGCCCAGCGAGCGACAGGCCGCUUCGGUACCUGAAGCAGCUGCCGCUGCCCCCGGUGGAUCGUCGGCAAGACCCAUGACGCUGUCUACGCCAAGCGCCAGUAGUGUCACUUCUCAACCCAGCAUCUCUCCUUACUCUAAUGGCCAAACAACGGGUAAUGCUGCACCGUCUGGAAACAUGGGAGGACCUCCCAGAGGCGGAAUGGGCAGCAGCGCUCCGUCCGGGGGCUUGAUGUCCAGUGGCAAGAAGGGAAACAAACGCUAUCGAAGUAUUUCCGGCAAAAUGGCCGCAAUCAAGUCGCUGGGUGAUAAAGGACUUAUCUCCAACGAUGACCGAGGUCACUUGAAAGAUCUGCUGUUAAACAAUGACUCCCCUCAGCUCCAAGAAGCACUGGACAAGUACAACAAUACGGGCGACUUCCAGGCCGUGAAAGAUCUGCUCCUCAAGGAGAUCCAGAAUCCUUCUUCCAAGCGCAACACUGGUGAUUGGCUGUCGGAGAGUUUUGUAAACGAUAUUGCUCUCAACUUCAACACCACGCCACCAGCAGCCAAGUCGGAUCCAAUGCCAGUGCAAAACGUUAACAAUACGGGUCGAUUCAACCCAGCGCCCGCAGUUCUGACCCCUUCAGCGAAUACGUUCGCAUACCAAACGAACCAGUCAACGCCGAUGAAUGCUACAAGCUAUCCGCAGAGCUCUCCCAUGGCAAUGAACCAGUACUCGGCUCCCACGAACCUGGUUACUCCUACUGGCGCCAGCAUGCCGACUAGUAAUGGGUUCGCUACUGGGAUGCCUGUGUCGAAUGGCUACCCACCCACGACGAUUAUGGCGCAGCAAUACCACCAGCCCCAAGCCUCACCGACCAAUAUGUACGCUGGCGCUCCCCCACAGAUCAACUUGCCUCUCAGAGAUCGAGCGACUUACAUGAAGCGUGGAUACGAGUCAUCGCCUGUGCACAACAUGAUGGGGAUGAAUCCUCCUGCAGUUUCUCCCGCAGCCUCUGCGCACAUGGGCAUGAACGGCUACAGUAUGCAACAAGGGUACGCCAUGAACCAAGGUUCUUACCCAGCAAACGUAAUCUACGCUGGAGACCAGUCGCAGUACACCAUGAACGCGUACAUGUCUGGAGCCAAUGGUGGCUACAAUCCAUACCAGCAACAGCCUCAGUACGCUAUGAACCGGUACGGAUACGGCAGUGUGCAGCCUGACAUGGGCUACAACUUCUACGCCGCUGGCUAUGGAUUCGGCAAGGCUCAGCUUCGUGCUGGCCCUGGAGGAAAGUGGACCACUGCUCCACCGAUGCCAUCGUAUCCUCCGCCCUGCUCGAAGGAGGAAAAGAAGGAGAAAAUUGCCAAGUGGUUGAAGAAGCGCGAGAACCGCAACUGGUCCAAUAAACCAUCUUAUCCGGUGCGACACAGCAUCGCGAAGAACCGCAAGCGUGGAGAAGACGGUCGGUUUAUUACGAAGGCACGUCUGGCCGAAAUGGCAGCGGAGGAGGCAGCAGCAGCUGCGGCAGCUGGGACUAGCAACGAGCCUCAGAAGGCGUCCCCUCCGUCGUCUAGUGCUGGGGAAGCUCCUAUCUCGAUGGUGCCUCAAACUACCAUGCCUCAGGCUACGCCCGUGCCGUAAAACUUUUUGCUGCGAUAGAUUAGUUUGUAAAAUCGUUGAGGUGUAAGUAAAUACAAUCAGCAUUAUCGUGUAAAAAGAUUGUAAAACUUGCAGAACGAAAUGCGUGAAAUGCGUUCGCGUCCAG